AUGGCUGCUUGCUCGAUUUCGUCUAUCACUGCUGCUCCUGCCAGCUCGUCUCCUGUUGACGCUGCUGGCUCUGCCUCGGCCGUCACUUACCACGUCGCAGGCAAGCCUUCGAGGCAGUCCAAGUUUGCAAUCUCUGCUUUCAUCGAGACCAACAUCAACUCUGGUACCGAUGGAGGUCUGUACGCCGAAAUCAUCCGCAAUCGUGCCUUCCAGGACAACAAGAAUAGCACCCUCAACGUCAACAACGAGCUCGGUCAGGGAACCCUCCUUCACUGGACCGGCACCAGCAAGUCCACCAACCUCUCGCUCUCAAAAGCUAAUUCGCUAUCGCCUGCGCUUCCACAAUCUGCUAUCGUGCACGGAGACAAGGGUCAAACCUGUGGUAUCGCAAAUGCCGGAUACGAAGGUAUCAGCGUCACCACAGAGCCUCACAAGCUCAGCUUCUACGCUCGAUCGCCGACGGGCAGAUCCUCCACCGUACCAGUCGAGUUCGGCCUCUACUCGAGCGACUAUGCCAAGACAUUCGGCAAGCAGUCCAUGACUCUUGAGCUCACGGGCGAAUGGCAACAGUUCCAGACCACCCUUACCCCUUCGCAAGCGUCCACCGACAAUAACAACGUCUUUGCCAUCAAAACCACUGGCGCUUGUCAGGAUGGAUUCCAAGUCAAUCUCGUGUCGCUCAUGCCUCCCACGUGGGAGGGAACAGUGGCUCGACAGGACCUCGCUCAGGCGCUCGCCGACAUCAAGCCGGCCUUUGUGCGCCUUCCGGGAGGCAAUGACCUUGAAGGCAACCACCUCGCUGCCUUUUUCAACUGGACCAAUGCCGUUGGUGAUCUCAAGAGCCGACCUGGACGAAACCCUACUUGGACCACGAGCUGGAACACGGAAGGUCUCGGCCUCAUGGAGCUCAUGGACCUGACUGAGCGGUGGGGAUCUGAAGCAAUCCUUGGAGUCUAUGCGGGCUACUCCCUGCUUCCGAAUCUGAUGGGUGAAGCUAUUCCGAAGAGCAAGCUAGGUCCUUACAUCCAGUCGGCGCUCAACGAGCUUCACUUCCUCCUCGACACUUCGGGACGCUGGGCCGACUUGCGCAGAUCGUAUGGUCGCGAGCAGCCUUACAAGUUUACAAACAUCGAGAUCGGCAAUGAGGACUGGCUCGGCCCUGCUGUCAACACGUACGGAGCGUACCGAUGGGGUGCAUUCCGCGACGCCAUCGCGAAGGAAUUCCCCCAACUGAAUCUCAUCGCCUCGACACUUCUGGGAGGUGUCAAGGGAGCCAAGGCUGUCGACGAUCACAUCUACGCAACGCCCGACAAGAUGAUCGAGUUUGCCGAGACUCUCGAUGCCACUCCGCGGAACGUCACGAGGUGGGAGCUGGAAUUCGCCGUGAUCAACUCUGGUCUCACCAACGACACCGACAUCUACGGAGGACCCGGCCGCUUGAAGCACCCGACCCUCGUUGGUGCCCUUGCCGAAGCCGCUUUCCUUGCUGCUGCUGAACGAAACGGCGACGUGUACUACGGUGCCGCUUACGCUCCCAUCUUCCACAACGAGGGCAAGAAUCUGACACAAUGGACCCCUGACCUUUUGAGCUUCAAUCCUGGUCAGAUGGUUAAGUCGACCUCCUACUGGAUCCAGUACGGCUGGGGAAACAACCGAAUCGCGCAGAUCCACGAUGCCAAGCUGUCGAAGCCAACCAAUACGUCCAAGAUUCACCAUUCGUUCGGCUCCAACGCCCAAGGCAACUUGGUUGCCAAGCUAGUCAACGUCAACGGCAGUGCAAAACAGAUUAAGGUGCAGGUGGGCGACGGAAAGAAAGUCUCGACCGUUGGCGCAAAGAGCUGGCAGGUCAAAGGCAGCGAUGCUCAGCAGGCCAAUACGCUGAACAACCCGGAGUCUGUGACCCCGCAAGUGUAUGCAUCCGGUCUGCCUGAGGGAGCCUCACUCGGAGCUGACGGGGUAUUGACGAUGACUCUGCCCGCCUACUCAGCCACCAUUGUAACCGUUCCCCUUGUCUAG